UGCGCGGGGUUGUCCUACUGUGUUAGUGGGUGUGUGUGCGAGGGAGAGAGAGAGAGAAGAAUCGUUGGACAGACCAAGUAUUGUGUUACAUUAAUUAAUUAUAAAUCUAAGAAGGGCAAGUUUCUAGGGAGAGGGACUUGGGUGUCCCAAAUCCCAAACGUCUGGCACAGACUGGGUUAGCACACAUUAGACGGGAGUUGCAUUUACAGAAACACCCUACGGCGUAGCUACUUGGGACAGGGAUAUCCGCCAUGUAUAUCAAAUUCUGUCGUAAUUACGACGCUGACAUAAAGUCAUCGGAUGAGGCGAAGACUAAAUGUUUUGGCGAAGUGACGAAUUUAUCGGUUGAGUUAAAGGAAAAGCCAGACCUUCAGAUCCAUGGAAAAGUGCGUGUGUACCGCGCGCUGUGUUUCCUUCUGUCCUUAAUAUGCCUUGUUCUGCUGUUUGUCGUCAUUAUCCUGUGCGUGAAAUUCCCCACGGAGGCUCUGGUCUGCCCAGAAAGAGAGAGAGAGGGGACAGAGGAGACAGUGGUGAAAGUAGAGGAAACGCGCCAGUCUCCUCCGAUGUGCAGUCUUCAGAAAUGCAAAGCCCAACAUCCACAGUUUGGAACCCCAAGUUCACCCUGCCAGCCGUGUGCCGAGGGCUGGCUGCUGUUUGAGGACUCGUGCUUCUUCCUGUCCAGGGAGCGUCAGAGCUGGGAGGACAGCAGGAAGUACUGCAGUGCAAGAGGAGGGGAUCUGGCCGUCAUAACCAACGACAGAGUGCAGAACUUUCUAACCAAGGAGGGGAACCUUUUAUACUGGAUUGGUUUGAGGUACAAGGCCGAACAGUGGACCUGGGUAACCAGCGCUGCAUUGACAAAGAGCUACUGGGGAGGACGUGCCCCGGUAGGUGACUGUGGCUUGCUGCUUGGCAACAAGUCAACCAAUCAGAGCUGGAAUGCCUCACCGUGUUUCUACAGCAGUGCUUACAUCUGCCAGACCCAGAAGAGACACUUCCCUCUCCCAGCAGCCCUGGCCUAGCCCACCUGCCUCGGACCCCUGACCUUCCCAGCAGCCCUGGCCUAGCCCACCUGCCUCUGACCCCUGACCUUCCCAGCAGCCCUGGCCUAGCCCACCUGCCUCGGACCCCUGACCUUCCCAGCAGCCCUGGCCUAGCCCACCUGCCUCGGACCCCUGACCUUCCCAGCAGCCCUGGCCUAGCCCACCUGCCUCUGACCCCUGACCUUCCCAGCAGCCCUGGCCUAGCCCACCUGCCUCUGACCCCUGACCUUCCCAGCAGCCCUGGCCUAGCCCACCUGCCUCUGACCCCUGACCUUCCCAGCAGCCCUGGCCUAGCCCACCUGCCUCUGACCCCUGACCUUCCCAGCAGCCCUGGCCUAGCCCACCUGCCUCUGACCCCUGACCUUCCCAGCAGCCCUGGCCUAGCCCACCUGCCUCUGACCCCUGACCUUCCCAGCAGCCCUGGCCUAGCCCACCUGCCUCUGACCCCUGACCUUCCCAGCAGCCUGCUCCACGCCUUGUCCAGUAGGGGCCACAGGGCAUUACAUGGUCCUGACUUUGACCAACUUACUUGUUACUGUUGAUAAUCAUGCUAUGCUAUCUCAACUCCUGUUCUACAGGUUUUAAAUCAAUUAUUACAAGAUCUAUGUUUUAACACGUGUCUUAACACAUAAUUGUAGUGAUGAUUUUGUGUCAAAUUCAAUCAUUUUGUGCCUGGUUGUGCUGUAAUGUGUAUCAAUAAUGUACUGUAGAAUGUGCACUGGAAAUUCUGCAUUAGAAUCUUAUAUUAGAGAACUUUAUUGCUCAGUUUUGUCGAACCUUUUAUUGAAAUGUAGAUUUCUUUGCUUUCUGGCAUAGAACUUAGAUUUUUUUUAAAUAUAU